AUGCCGGACCCACCGGCUACUUCGGUCAUCGUACAGGCAACCGCGACAGAGAUUCCAACCAUCAUCGAACCAGAAGCAGACGCAGAAGAGCGUGGCCGGCUCAAGCGACCAUUCUCCACGCCGCGCAUCCUCACCAUCUCGCGGCCACGAUCGCAACAGCGGUUCCCGAUAUCGAGAGCAUCACCGCAAACAUCAUCGCCCUUCGUCUCCGACGUCUUCCGUCUCUCCGCCCACAUCCGACCAGAAGAAGACCAGGCGGCGUAG